AUGUCCGCACACAACCCGUCCGCCGCCGAGCACGGCGAGAAGACAUACAUCUCACACCUCGAGAAACAAGACGCAAAGUCCAGCACACACGUAGUGGAGGAGGAUGUCGUCGACGCUGCGGCGCGUGGACAUGCCGCAACUGACAUCCAUGGACAGCCUCUCGUCCACUUUGACCCCGAGGCGGAGAAACGCCUCGUACGCAAGAUCGACCUCUACGUCGUUCCUACCGUCGCACUGCUUUACCUCUGGUGCUUUAUCGACCGCGCCAAUAUUGGAAACGCGCGUCUCGCAGGUCUUGAAAAAGACCUCGGUCUCAAGGGAUACCAGUACAACAUCCUCUUGACGUCGUUCUACAUCUCUUACAUCAUCUUUGAGAUCCCUUGCAACCUCAUGUGUAAGGUUGUUGGGCCGGGCAAAUGGCUCCCGUUCCUCACCUUUGGCUUUGGCCUCUUCUCAAUGCUCACCGGCUUUGCGACCAACUUUAGUAAUGCGGCUGGUAUUCGCUUCCUCCUCGGCGUGUUCGAGAGCGGUAUGCUCCCUGGUAUUGCCUACUACAUGUCCCGCUGGUACCGCAAGGCCGAGCUUGGCUUCCGCCUCGCUCUCUACAUUGUCAUGGCCCCCCUGGCUGGCGCCUUUGGUGGUCUUCUCGCUUCUGGUAUCCUCAAACUCAAUGGUAUCGGAAAGGUCCACACAUGGCAGCAGCUCUUCAUCAUCGAGGGCAUCAUCACCAUGGGCCUUGCGAUCAUCUCAUUCUUUACCCUCACCGACCGGCCCAGCACUGCUCGCUGGCUCACCGAUGAGGAGAAGGCACUCGCCAUUGCUCGCGUCAAGUCUGAGAACGUCGGCACGACCGAGGUCCUCGAAAAGAUUGACUCCAAGAAGGUCAUGCGCGGUAUCUUCAACCCCAACACAAUCAUGACCUCUGUCAUCUUCCUGUUCGACAACAUUACCGUCCAGGGCCUGGCGUUCUUCCUUCCAACCAUCGUCGCCACCAUCUACCCAAAGCAGUCGGUCAUCCAGAAACAGCUCCACACCGUCCCGCCUUACAUUGUCGGCGCGUUCUUUGUCGUCGCCCUGCCCUUCCUGACUUGGAAGACUGGCCGGUCCCUCGUCUUCUUUGUCUUCUCGGCACCUCUCAUGAUGGUCGGGUACAUUAUGUUCCUCGCAUCAACGAACCCACAUGUUCGCUACGGCGCGACCUUCCUCAUCACCUCUGGCGCGUUCGUGUUUGGGCCCUUGUGCAACGCCCAGGUCGCCACCAACGUCCUCUCCGACACGGCCCGUUCCUCGGCUAUUGGUAUGAACGUCAUGUUCGGGAACAUUGGCGGUCUCAUCAGUACCUGGGCCUUCCUGCCUUUUGACGGACCAAACUACCCCAUCGGCAACGGUCUUAACCUUGCGACUUCCAGCAUGAUUCUCAUCCUCUCCCUUGUCCUCUGGGCCUACCUGAUCUACGACAACCGUCGCCGCGACAAGGUGGAUGUCGAUGCCAAGCUGGCUGGCAUGACCGAGGAGCAGAUUAGCGAUCUCGACUGGAAACACCCAGGCCAUCGCUGGCACUACUAG